GAUCAUGCUUGAGACCACGGCAGAUGCAUAAAGCAAGUGCGCACACGUGAGUCUGAUGAUCCUAUGGAACUCUUAUAAGUGACAAGACGAGAUGCCUAUGAUAUUGUUUAAUUUUUAACUGAUACAUACUUACACAUAAAUGUUGACUGAACAAUAAGUAAAUCUCAAAAGUCAAUGGUAAUAAGGUAUACAGCAAGUUAGCCGCUAUAGGUCUUAUUUUUUCUUUCUCUGACGGUUCGGUGUUAACCGGUGGACAGCAGACAUUACCGAUUCCUCAUCAGCCUAUAUGUCAAAAUGUCGGGAACAUCCCAGCGGAUGCGAAAGUCUUCCCCAUGUUCGACAUCAAAACAGGGGCCCAUGCGGGCAACUUUGCCUGUAAGUUCACUUCUUAGACACAGUAGGCAGGGUAGCACUCUAAGAAAAAGCAACAACAACAGCCCAACAGUCUCACCGACGAACGUGAAUGCGUGGCGAGCUCGGAUUUCCCCAGAAACUUCAUCGUCAGGUCAACGUAGUCCCGGGUCUCUUUCAUACAAAGCUAAAUCAAAAACUCUAAGCGGACGUUGUAGUAACAGCCUGACUGGUAACCAAAAUAUUAGACGGACAGCAUCUUUAGACACGAUUUACCUGAAAGGACAAUGGCCCCGAGAUUCCUAUUAUAUUCACUCCAGUCUUUUAGUAGAUAAAGCUACACAGACUGAAGAAUGGUGCAAUGAAUCACGAAAAACUCAUCUCCGCCAUUCUGAGCAGCAAACUACAACUGACGAGAAAUUGGAAAAGUACUUCAGGCAACGAACUGUUUUCAGCAAGAGGUUAAUGAUAACUGACCUGCAGGAUGGAGAUUUUCAUAGUCCAUCAGUCUUUCUGGUCGGAGUGAAAGAUUUUGUUAUGGAUGCCAUGACUCCUUUUCACCCCCAACUUAAACAGCGGCCAAAAGGAUUGUUUGCUAAACUUUGAGGUAUACCGAACGACUGUUGCUACAGGGUGAUUUUCUUUAACAUGAAACUUUUCGUUCACAACAUUUUUUUACAGAGUGCCUAUUUUUCGAGAUAUUUGAAAGUUUCAAGUAAAAAAAAUCACCCUGUAUAUACAUGGUGAUUCAAGGUGAAUUUUUAUCUGACUUAAAACUUUUGAUUCGUAACAAUUUUUCACAGAGUGCCUAUUUUUCGAGAUAUUUGAAUGUUUCAAGUUAAAAAAAUCACCCUGUAUAUACUGGGUGAUUUUUUACAGGGUCCCUAUACAGUACUAGAAAUUUCCUCCAACAAAUGUUUUGUAAAAUUUCUGCUGAAAUUGAAAAUUUUUCUAAAUAGUAUGGAAUUUUCUUAUUCCCAAAGUUAUGUGCAAAUUUUCCAAAGACAAAUAGAAUAUUUCCUAUGGAAGUGAGAAUAUUUCCGAAUAUAAAUUGAGAAAAUUUCCCAAAUAUUGAA